UAUAAAUAUGAAAAUUAUACAUUUUGAAAGGCCUUUGUGAUGGGAGAUAAAGGUGUACGUUGAAUGUUCGAUUAAAUGUUUCAAUAAUAGAUGUCGCGAUUAAAAAUGAAAUGCAUUAAUUCUUUAGAAAACAGAUAUUAAAAAUACAAUUAUUUAUAAGAAAGUGUCAACAAAAGGCCAAAUAUAUUGGACAUGAUUUUAUGCUCUUUUUAACAGAAACGGAUUGAACGUUUCUAAUUCACGAGCACACAAAUACUACUUAUAACAAAACACGUUAUAAUACAUAACGGACGUACUAAUAUUGAGAACGAUAUAAGAAUCAAGCGUUCUUGUACGGUGUGUUACGCUACUCGAAGAGAUUUGUAACACAACAAAACCUGAAAAUGUCAAAGGCGAAAGGAAACUCAGGAACGACCAAGAAUUCAAAAACAAAGAAGCAAAAAUCAGAGAUAGAACAGAUAUUUGGGAAGAUCGACCUGAACAAUGACGGCCGGAUAUCCAUCAUCGAGCUCACGAAGGCCGCCCGCCACCUUGGUAUGAACCCGACACAGGAUGAGGCUGCACAGAUGAUCGCCGAUUGCAACCCCUCACAGGAGGGGUAUGUGAACAAGUCAGAGUUCAGAAAGUUGUUUUCGGACCAGAAGGCGGACAUCGACGCACAAGUGGAAGAGAUGAAAACCGCCUUCAAGGUCUUUGAUAAGGAUAACAGUGGUACAUUCAGCCGUGACGAAAUCCGGGAAGUUUUAAACAUGGCCGGGGAGAAAAUAGACGACAGCGAAAUCGACGAAAUGCUGCGAAAGGUCGAUAUUGACGGGUACGGCAAUAUCUCCAUUGAUGAAUUCGCUGUGAUGUGUGACUUAUGAAAAGGAGAAAAGAAUACCGAGUUUUAACUGUGCAGACUGAUUAAAACAAAUAAAAUUGAACAUUUU